AUGGGGGUGGGGGUGUGGUUUGGGGGUGUAUUGGGGAUGGGGGGGUGGGGUAUGGGGGGGUGGUGGGGGGGUUGGGGGGGAUGGGGGGGGUGGUGUGUGGUGUGUUUGUGGGGUGGUUUGGGGUUGGUGGUUGGGGUGGUUUGUGAUGGUGUUUGGGGGGGGGUUGGGUGGGUUGGUUUGGUUGGGGGUUGGUUGUGUUUGGGGUGGGGGUGUGGUGGUUGUGUGAUGGUUGGGGGUUGUGUGGGGGGUGUUGUGGGUGUUGUGGGGGUGGGGAUGGGGGUGGGGGGGUUUAGUGUUUUGGGGGUUGUGGGUUGGGGAGUAGAUGAGGUGGUUGGGUUUGGGGGAUUGGGGGGGUUUUUUGUGUUUGGUGGUUUGUGUGGAAUGGUGUUGGAUAAAUGGUUUGGUUGGUUGGUGGGGAUAUUAUGGGGUUUUGUGAUGAUUGUGGGGUGGGUUUUGUUUGUGUUGGUUGUGUUGUGUAUGGGGGUAGUUUUGUUUUGUGUGGUUGGGUGUUUGUGGUUUUGUUGGGGUUUUGGGUUGGAGGUUAGUUGGGGUUUGGUUGGGUAG